AAGUUCGACUUCUAGACGCCGUUCAAGUUCGACUUCGAGUUCUAGCUCGAGCUCGAGCUGUAGCUCAUCAUCGUCGAGCUGCACAUCUGCAAGCUGAUCGUCUUGCAAGAUACAAGCGAUCAGGCAGUAGCAGCAACGCGCAAGCAAACAGUAGCAGCAACGCACAAACAAGCAGUAGCAGCAGGGGAUAAAGGAAAAAGCGGAGAAACGAGUCCAGAGAUGGCUAGAUCUUCUAACACAGAGGACGCGAGACCUACUCAAGAAUACCGAAUCCCUUUUAAACGCGACAGGCUGCGUUCACAAGGCAUCAGCAGCAGCGGCAGCGGCAGUACUACUACUACUACCAUCGCUACCAGUAGAGCAGCCGAAUUCUCACCUGCAGCGAGAAGCAGCAGCAGCACUACUAGAGUAGCCGAAUCUACACCGGCAGCGAGAAGCAGCACUAGUAGAUCAGCCGAAUCAUCACCUGCAGGGAGAAGCAGCACUACUAGAGAUACUGAAUCUGCAGCAAGAAGCAGCAACACUAAUAGAGCAGCUGAACCGACACCGGGAGGCGAGACUUGCUAUCAACAAAUAGGGUAG